CAUAGCCUCACUUUGUCCAUUUUGAAGUCCACCUUGCGACUGAUCUGCUCAGAGGCCUUGCUCAUAUUGGUGAGACUAGAUGAAGACGCGCUUGACGGAGCUCUAGGUCAUUGCUGUCAUUGGUCGCUCGUAGUUUAAAGGGCUCAGCCUCCUCCUCUGUCCAUUAUCUGAUACUGAGUUGCUCGUCUCUGCGUCCUAUGGCACCAAACCUUCCGCCAGCACUCUCUGGCAUCGAAGCCCUUGUCUUUGACCUCAUGGGCACUUGCACCGACUGGCACACGUCCAUCCUCAGCGCCAUGCGCGAGCACCCGCCCCCACCGCCACUCAAAGAUGCAGACCUGCCCUCUCUCGCUCUGGACUGGCGCACGGCGUUCUUCCGCUUCAUAUUCGCUUCAUUCAAUGCGGGCGAGCAGGCGCCGGACAUUGACGUCGUGCACGCGCGUACGUUGGACGAGCUGUUGCGCGAGAAGGGUGUAAGCAAUGAAGUGUGGGAUACGCAUGUGAGAGAGAAGUUGGUGAAGGCAUGGCAUUUGCAGACAGCGUGGCCAGAUAGCGUUGAGGGUAUACGGAGACUCAAGGAGCGCUGCACGGUAGUCGUCCUCGCGAAUGGAACUACCCGCCUCCAGCUCGACAUCAUCCGCUCUGCACGCCUGCCAUUCGACACGCUCUUCUCCUCCCAGAUCCUCCAGGCGACCAAGCCUGACCCAUUGAUCUACCGAAAAGCCCUUGAGUCGCUCGGUCUCAGGUCGGAGCAGACGGCCAUGGUCGCGGCACAUGCGUACGACUUGCGCGCUGCAGCGAAGCUGGGAAUGAAGACGGUUUACAUCCAGCGACGCACGGAAGACCCGGACGAAGACAUGAAGGCAGUCCGCGAGGACGUGGACAUGUUCAUUGACGGGGCGGGAAGAGGAGGCGGCUUGAUGGAACUGGCCGACAUGAUGGGAGCGUGAGCCUGCCCUCAGGAUUUCCACCCUGCGUUAGAUCUGAAGAGAUCGGGAAUGCUAUUUGAGAGUGGCGUAAUGAUAGACUAGCAGUGGAUAGAUGUUUCUUUAUACGUGCAUAAUGAGGUUCACUUCAAAUCCAACACUUUGAUUCUAUGUCAUAAAGCUCGAGACCCA